UCCAAUAUUGCCAGUUUGUCAGCUAUCUCAUUUUUAGGCCAGUACUGGUAUUGACAUUUUACAUUUGAACAAACUAUGCAAUGGUGACACCUUCUCUAUAUUUCUUCAGACGUAUACUCAUUGGUCUUUCUGUACUGAAUUUCUUGUUAUUGGCAUGUUUGGGAUAACCUAAUAUCAGCUGAUGUAUUGCCACAGUUGAUUUAUAGAUAGAUAGAAACUUUGUUUAUCCCCGGGGGCAAAUUCACAUGUCACAACAGCAGUAAACGAACAAACCACUUGGUAAUGGACAUGCUCUAACAGAUAUCAUGGUAUUAAUGAUAUGAGAAAGAAAAUAUCAUCAUAUCACCUCAGCCUAAGAGGCUAAAAAUACUUUGACAUUAACUUAAUUUGUAAUGCUUACCUUGAAAGAGAGGCACUUUGUGUAACUAUGUGCUGUGGUCUGGUAGUAUGUUAAUACAAGGAACCUGCAAUCAGACCUCUGUGUUUUUGCUGACUAGGCCUUAAUUUCAGCUGAACUGUCAGAAAUCCAACAUGCAAGAUUCACAUUAGAACCUGUAGCUGUUUGUUUGUUGAAGUGCAUGCAGGUACGUACAUGCAGAGUCUUUCUCAGGUAUCGACAAAGAGAGCAGACUCUUGAUGUACAAGUUUUCAAUAUUUGCAAUCACUCUUACAUUGGAUGCGCAUGUUCGAGUAUGAUGUCCAGUCAUUUUAUCUUAUCUACGUCUUUGUGUUUUCAUUGACAUGCAGCUUGCCCGAGGAAGAUCUUAUAGAUCGAAACGUUGCCUCUGAAAGAGAGUGAUACUAUUUAUUUGGAGCUACCCUCAGGCUGCUCAGGAACGUCAACCCUUGACCAAACAGAUAAGAGUGUAAUCAAUAAAGCAAUGAGUUGUCUCGCAGGAGAUGACGCCAUUAAGAUCUGUGUGUGUUCUUUAAGGUUUACAGUGCACAUCACAUGUCUGCUGUGUCGGUUGCUACAGAGACAGAUACUGUAUAUAAAGGGGGUUAAAAAAAAAACUGACUCUGCUCUUGUCUCUCAUUCUCCCCCAACCUCAGAUAUGGAUUACAAGGUUUUGUUUGCAGCCUUGGCGACAGUAUGUGAAGACAACAUUUCUGUUAUGUGUGGGCCCGAUUUGGCUCACGGCGCUGUUGCCAAGCGACUGGUCACUUGUAUGACACAGAUUCAGGAGCACGGCCGAGCCCUGGAGCCUGUGGUCGGUGGCUUCGCCGCCGUCUUCCACCAUUAUGACUUUGACGCACAAACGCCUGGGAAUGGCUACCGCACCUUGAUCAAGGUGUUGCAAUCCUGCCUUUUGCACAUCAUUCACAAGGGCCGUUACAUUGCCUCUAAUUACAACAGUGCCUUCUUCAGGGCGGAGCACAACGCCUCUGAGAUGGAGGCGUACUGCAGCGCUCUGUGUCAGCUGCGCGCCCUGCUCCACCUCGCCCAGCGGCUCAUCAACGACAACGGCUACGGCCAGCUGUACUCCCUGCAGGACGGGGAACUAAGCCGCAAGUUCGUGCAGGAGUACAUCUCUAUGCACAAAGCCUGUUUCUAUGGCCGCUGUCUGGGCUUUCAGUAUUCGCCAACGCUGCGUCCCUUCCUCCAGACCGUUGUCAUAAGCAUGGUUUCAUAUGGCGAGACGUAUGGUAAACAGCAGUCUGGCUUGGGUAUGGCAGCCCUCUCCCUCCUCACAUCAGGGAAGUACGUCAUCAAUCCGGAGUUGCGUGGUGCUGAGUUUGAACGCAUUACCCAGAACCUGGACAUGCAGUUCUGGAAGUCCUUCUGGAACCUCACUGAGUCCGGCCUUAUAACAGGCUUCAACAGGAUAGCCUCUAGCCCAGUGCAGGUGAAUCUCACCCUCACUUUGCCUCCUGUCACUCUACGCCUCCCGCUGGCCUCAGACCCCAGUCUAACAGCCACCGUUUCACCUCCAAUAGCCCACUGGGGGCCCGGGCCAGUCCACAUGCGUCUCAUUUCUUAUGAGCUUCGAGAAGGACAGGACAGCGAAGAGCUGCUAGCUUUUUCUCGAACUGAUCCUCCCCCCAUCUCCGUUUCCCAUCUCCCCUGGGUACAAAAGCAGCCUCGCUCCCCCUGGCUGCUCGUCCACUUCCAUGGAGGGGGCUUUGUGGCCCAGACUUCCAGAUCCCAUGAGAAUUAUCUUCGGGCUUGGUCCAAGGAGCUGAGCGUACCUAUCCUCUCCGUGGACUACUCUCUGUCACCUGAAGCACCUUUUCCCAGAGCUCUGGAGGAGUGUUUCUACGCCUACUGCUGGGCUCUGAACAACUGUCACCUGCUGGGCUCCACAGCAGAGCGGGUUUGUCUGGCAGGUGACAGCGCUGGAGGAAACCUCUGCAUCACUGUGUCCAUGAAGGCCAUGUCCAGCGGCAUCCGAGUCCCUGACGGCAUCAUGGCUGCCUACCCCGCCACCCUGCUCACCACUGACGCCUCGCCAUCCCGCCUGCUCACGCUCAUCGACCCGCUGUUGCCUCUAGGUGUUCUGGCAAAGUGCCUCAAUGCCUAUGCAGGUGCAGACAGCCAGACGGUGCAGCCUGCAGUGGAAAGCGGCAGUCUGAGCUCUCUGGGUAGAGACACCGCUGUGCUGCUCAGCGAUCUCACCCAGGGAGCCUCCAACUGGAUCCAGUCCUUUCUGGACCCCAUGCGGACUUCAGGCGGAGCCCGCUCAGUGUCAUCAGUGCAGAGGAAGUCCCAGAGCAGUGAACCUCGCAGGACACCCGCUCGCACCUCCACACCAAACUGCGGAGGUCAGAUGGAUUACCCAGAAGGCUUUGAGCCCCUGCGAUCCGAAUCCCUGGCUUUCAUUCGCCCAACUUCCUGUCCCAUUAUCAGGAACCCGUUUGUGUCGCCUCUGCUGGCUCCCAACCACCUGCUGAAAGGCCUGCCACCUGUACACAUAGUGGCCUCUGCUCUGGAUGCCUUGCUGGAUGACUCGGUGAUGUUUGCCAAGAAGCUGCGAGACAUGGGCCAACCUGUGAGCCUGACGGUGGUGGAGGACCUGCCUCAUGGCUUCCUCAGCAUAUUGCAGCUCGCCAAGGAGACGGAGGUCGCAUCAGAAAUCUGUGUGGAGCAAAUGAGGAAGAUUUUUCAGGGAGAAAACCGAACACCGGCCCUUCGCAAACGGCCAAAGCUGGCAGAGACUAACCAGAGUAGCAAAACGUCAGGCUGAUUCAGCCGUCAUUCUUGGGACUGUUGUGUUCUUGGGUGAAACAGAGAUCUGACAUAUUGCGGUGAGAGGGAUGCAAUAUAUUUAAGAAAAGGAAACAAGUGAAAAUUAUGAGGACUGGAGGAAGCUUGGGGACCCUGCACUUGAAAGCUUUAUCGCACAACAUUUUCUGUAGGAAGCAAUGAUUGAUAGAGGCACUAAAAACUCUCGAUAACCAGCUCUAAAAUGAUCCUGAAUGAGGACAAAAAAAGGAAAAUUAUUUUUCUACAAAGUUCUAGAUCCAAAUCAAAUGCACAUCGAGAAAACAACAGACAGACAGAGGCUCCACCGUAACCAGCUCUCACAGCGAUCUCUUAACUGAUGCAUAUAUCAAGUAAUGGGAGCUGUUGUGCCUUGACUUUAAAGUGCUGCUGUAUUUGCUUCAUGUGUGAAGAAAAGCUUUGCCUAUGUUACCAAACUGACCAGGAUUAAAGGUUUACAUGUACAGGAAACACAUUCCAGAUGCACUGUGUUAUCGUUAGAUCUGGAUUCAAUGUAUAACCUCGUUUUGCCAGUUUGUCACAUGUUUACAACACAUUGAUAAGGAGGCCUUCACAAUGUAUUGACCAGCAGUAUGUGGAAUGUUGCUGUGAAAGUAACUUGUAAUACUGUAAAUGAAUUUAAGUAUAUCUUGGUAUUAUUAACUGUUAUAUUUAAAGUCUGAAUUAAAUGAAAACUUCAA